UGAUUGUUCGAGCUGCUGAUUGCAAGAAGGUCUACCAGAUAGAGCUGGUUCCCAAAGAGAAAAUAAUUAUUCUCAUUUGUGGCCGGAAUCAUCAUGUUCACUUGUAUCCUUGGUCUUCCCUGGAUGGAUCAGAAAGCAGCUUUGAUGUCAAGCUUCCUGAAACGAAAGGCUGCCAGUUCAUUACAACUGGAGUGCUGAAGAAGAGCUCCUUACCGAGUUUGUUUGUGGCCGUUAAGCGACAGAUUCUCUGCUAUGAAAUUUGCAGAACUAAACCUUUCCAUAAAAAGUUUAAUGAAAUCCAAGCUCCUGGCUAUGUACAAUGGAUGGCGGUAUUCAAAGACAGACUUUGUGUUGGCUACCCAUCCGGUUUCUCUUUAUUGAACAUCCAAGGAGAUGGACAGUCAAUAAGCCUGAUAAAUCCCACUGAUUCUUCACUUGCAUUCCUCUCACAACAGUCUUUUGAUACCCUUUGUGCUGUGGAGCUCAGCAACGAGGAAUACCUACUUUGCUUCAGCCUGUUGGGAGUAUACGUUGAUGCACAAGGUCGAAGGUCACGCAUGCAGGAACUAAUGUGGCCCGCCACUCCCGUUGCGUGUAGUUGCAAUCCAUCCUAUUUAACCGUGUACAGUGAAUAUGGGGUUGAUGUUUUUGAUGUUAACACUAUGGAAUGGGUCCAAACUAUCGGUUUAAGAAAGAUCCGACCUCUAAAUGUUAAUGGCACAUUGAAUCUCCUUAGCUGUGAACCUCCUCGGUUAAUUUAUUUCAAGAACAAAUUUUCAGGAGGAACUACUCUUAGUGUGCCAGAAACAUCUGACACCAGCAAAAAGCAAAUGCUCCGUACUAGAAGCAAAAGACGGUUCGUCUUUAAAGUUCCUGAGGAAGAAAGAUUACAACAAAGACGAGAGAUGCUCCGAGAUCCCGAGCUCAGAUCCAGAAUGAUUUCCAACCCCACCAAUUUCAACCAUGUGGCUCAUAUGGGACCAGGAGAUGGAAUGCAAGUGCUCAUGGAUCUGCCAUUGACACAAGAUGAGAAGGUUUGUCCUUCAACAAGCAACAUUUCUCGCCAAGCACCUCACAGAAAUAAAAGCUACAUUUCAUGGCCAUCUUCAAGUGGCAGCGACCAGGGAGCAGCCAUGCCCUUGCGAAGUAUGUCUGAUCCAGAUCAGGAAUUUGACAAAGAGCCUGAUUCGGAUUCUACCAAACAUUCAACUCCUUCCAACAGCUCUAACCCAAGCAGUCCCCCAAGUCCCAAUUCUCCCCAUAGGAAUCAGCUGACACUAGAUGGAUUAGACCAAUCAACCUGUGAUGCAUAACACUGCAGCUCUUUCCACUGUUCCUCCCAUUUGGGAUUGUCUGCUACGCCGUGGAGCAUCAAAAGCAGGACAUCUGUCUCCAACAACAGUGCCAAGACUGAUGCUUAAUUUUUAGCAUUGCACAAAAGUAAAUUCCUGUAUCUAGAUUGUAGAUUUGAGGGCAUAAAAAGGAGGCAAGAGAUCUUUAUUGCUAUAGUAAUUAAAUUGUUUUUUUAAUGUACACUCUUACACUUAAGGUGGAUCCAUUUCGGCACAGCUGUGAUACUCUCAUGACAUACAGUAAAGGCUACUGAUAAAAUCUUCAUACUUAAGCUGAAAAAAGAGAGAUGCUGAUAGUUUUUACUACUAUACAGUACCAGGAAUAUUAUUUUUCUAUAGGAUAAUGUAAUAUCUCAUUAUCAGCAAUCUCUUUUUAGAAAAAAAUGCAGACCUUUGGGUAUGAAGUAAAAGCAGCGUAGUUACAUCCUUGGCUAAAUAUAUUCUAAAUAUAUUGUUUGUUUCUUUUUUCAAAAUUUAGAAGGAUGAUAGGAAGUUGUAGGGCCAUUUCCAGCUUCAGUAGAAUAAAACAGAAAAGUGAAAACAGAAGUUCUAGAUUGUGGCCUUUUAAUUUACUUAGCCAUUACAUACGUUCUCCGCUGUAUAAAUGUCUUUCUACUGAAAUUCUAGUCAUGUACAUAAAGGACAUCAGAAAUGUUUUAUCCUUACCCUACUUUUUUAAUCUGAUUAGCUAGGACAGGGCUUUUUUUAAAAAAAACAACAUACUGUUGGAAAACAGAUUUUACUGUUUUUCUCGCAGUCCAUCUUCUCAAAUCUUUUUGUAAUUUCUCUUGGAUUUUUUUUUUCAGAGUAAAAGAUAACACUACAUUUGAAAAAGUUUUACUAGGCAAGCAUUCUCUUGAGAUUGCUCCCCGAUGGCUGCUUGUAUGAGGGGGUUGUGUAGUAAUAAAUCGCUUCUGAUUUUUCUUGAUAACCAAAGUGGAAGCAUAGAAGGGUGUGUAUAUGAGGGUACCUCAUCUCCCCCCCCACUUCCCUUGAUUCAUAAUAUCCUCACCUGCAUGAUGAUCCCAACCCCAUGAUUGCUCAUUAAAAGUACUGAAUGUGUAGGGGAGGAAAUGCACAGCACAUUCCUGUAUAUUUUGCAGCAGUGACAUAUUACAUGUAUAUUUAAUCUCAUGCUUCCAUGUAUUAUACAUUUAGUAACACUACCCACCUACCCAUCCUAGUGAUCAUGUUUCAUUUAAAAGCGUGUAAUUAAUUAUAUGGCUGGCAUAUUCAGUUUGUCAUUGUCACACUAGUGUGCCUUCUGUGCCAAUUUGAUGACAGUUGGAUGUCAAUUGUUUUAAAAUCUGGUUUCUAUGGGCUAAUACUAUACCAAUGGCUAACACUCUUUCCUGAGACACUGUAUAGGACAUGCACUUAUCCCUAGUUUAAACCAAGUGGUUCUAGUCAACAUUUAAUUCUGUUUCAUUAAGUGUUUGACAAUAUUUGCUCUUUCUCAGAUUCUUGAUUAAUAAAGCUCAGUUUGAGCUGGACACUACUGCUUUGGGGUUUUUUUCUGGUUUUUACUCUUUUUUUAAAUGUAUGUCUCAAGUCUUUGUAAUUAUUGAAUUGUGAGAACAUUUUUGAACAAUCUACUUGUCAAUAAAGCAGAAGAGGGAUGUUUUAAAAAGUU